GCGAUAACUUGUAACCUUCAAACAAAGAUUAGCAUUUGGUCUCUUCUCGAAUGAAAUCCUCCCUGGUCCCAGUGCGCCGCAUCACGUUCCCGUGGACCAUCUCGUUCGAGUACUGCUGGAACUCAAUUCAGUGUCAUGAAAAGCUUAAUUAAUUCGCUCGAUGAUGCGGUCGCAGAGACAUUAUCUGGUUUUUCGUAUACAUAUCCACAACUCGAUUAUGAUGAAUCGCAUAAAGCCUUCUUGCUGCCAAAUCUGCAGAACAGAAAGAAUAAAGUGUCUCUGUUAUGCGGUGGUGGAAGCGGGCACGAACCCUUUGGGGCAGGCUUCGUUGGAAAUGGAAUGUUAACCGCAUCGGUAUCAGGCUCCAUAUUUGCGGCGCCGCCGUCGCAACACAUUUCCUAUUGCAUCGAACGUCUAUCCGAACACAGUCAAGCUGGCAUUUUAGUAAUCAUUCCAAAUUACACCGGCGACUGCCUUAAUUUCGGCAUUGCGGUUGAGAAAGCGAGACAAAAUGGCGCGAUGUUGACAGAGAUCAUUGUAAACGAGGACUGUAGUAUACCGAUCAAGGAUCAAGGAGUCGCCGGUAAACGUGGACUAACCGGAUUAUUGUUCGUCAUCAAAAUAGCAGGCGAAUUGGCUGAAAGGGGAAAGCCGCUAGCAGAAAUUCACGAUGUCGCACAAAAUGUUUUGAGAAACAUGGCCACGUAUGCAGUCGGAUUGACCGCGUGCGCUAUCCCAGGUCAACCUCCGAUGUUCGACCUUGCCGAAGACGAAAUGGAAUGCGGAAUGGGUGCUCACGGGGAAGCUGGAUAUGAAAAAAUGAAAUUGAGAUCGUGCAGCGACGUGAUCUCAUUGAUGUUGACGCAUUUGUGCGACGCAUUGUCUUUAGCUAGCGGAGAUUCCGUCGCGGCGAUCGUUAACAAUUUCGGAGCGAUGAGCCAGCUGGAACAAGGGAUUGUCGUCCACGAUUUGGCAAAGCAGCUCGGAAAUAUGAAUAUCAAACUCGAGCGUAUGUACUCGGGCGUUUUAAUAACUUCGUUGAACAGCUCUGGAAUCCACAUCACUCUCCUAAAAUUACCGGAAGAUUCCAAGGAUAUGUUCCUCGAUUGUCUCGAUGGUCCUACCAAUGCGACAAAAUGGCCGGGAUGCGCCUUCAGCGUGCCUCUGAAAGCUAAACAACGGACUAUGCGGGAGGAAGUGUUGCGAAGUAUAAAACAAGUAGGAAUGAAGAUCGACGAACCCCAGCAGUAUUUGUUAAAACAGUGUCUGAAAUGUGCCUGUGAAAGCUUAAUUGAGAAGGAAGUUGCUAUUAAUAAUCUGGACCGAGGAUGCGGCGACGGCGAUUGCGGUUCCACGCUUAAAAGACUCGCCAGUGAUAUCUUACAAAGGUUAGAGAGCUUUUGUUUGUCGCACCCUUCGUCAGUUUUCGCCGAGUUGGCACGUAUUGCCGAAGAACAAAUGGGCGGAACGUCUGGAGCCCUGUAUUGUUUAUUGUUCACCAGUUUUGCAGCAGAACUGGCAACAGCUCAAGAAACAGAAGGUUUGUCAUUCAUUUUGGCCAGAGCGAUUCGAAGCGGUUUAGGUUGUUUAAUGAAAUAUGGUAAAGCGAAACCAGGAGAUAGGUCUAUGAUCGACGUGAUCAAUGCGGUAUGCGAAGCUUAUGAGAAAACAAUAAACAAUGAAACAAGCGAUAUUUGCACCGCAUUAAAGACUGCUGCAUGGCAAACGUGCGAAGCAACGAAGCAUAUGUUACCAAGAAUAGGACGAGCUAGUUACGUGAAACAGUCCCAGUAUCUACAAAAUGUGGAUGCAGGUGCAUAUGGGGUUGCCACAUGGAUUAAUGCCAUUACAGAUGUAAUGAAGAAUAUUUAGAUUUAAUAUUGUACAAACGUGUUAAUAUAAAUAUUAAUCGUGAGACUUGUAUAAUUCGUUUUUGUGGAUUAUAUUUAAUAUGUAAAUAAAAAUUUAAUAUAUAUAAUAA